GUUGAUUUGUUUGUGCUUUAGGUGUAGAAUCAGCAAGUCGGGCGCAAGCACAAGAGGCAGCAAGAAUACUGGCACGUGCCUCUGAAAUGUGCAAAGCAAAAAUGAUCAAUGCAGAAAGUCUAAUUCUUGAGGGUGAUCCAAAGAACAUGCUCUGUGAAGCAACAGAGAAAAUGAACAUCGAUCUUCUUGCAGUUGCUAGCCGCGGACUCGGCCAAAUUAAAAGGGCGUUUCUGGGAAGUGUUAGCGACUACUGCGCCCGCCAUGCAAAAUGCCCUGUGCUUAUUGUGAAGCCAACUAAAGAGUCUCCUAAAUAGAAUUUGGUGUAAAAAGUUUUGUUGCUGCUAGUUUCGGGGUAAGAAAUUCCUGCAAGCUCAGGAUGUGCAAUAAGGUGUAGGUGCAGAAAGUCCUUCCUCCCCCUCCCUCCUUUCCUUGUUAAAUAUGUAUGGAGUUGAUAUUGUAAGUAUGCUUUCUAUCAGUCCUUUUUAUUUCAAAUUAUUGUUUAAAUUGUUAUUAUGAUAAUAGAUAUAGUAUUUGAGAAUUUUACACAGA